GUGAAAGAAGAAACUGAUGGUAAAGUCAAAGAUCUGAAAAGUGCCCUCAGGAAGUCAGAACAUGAAUGUGCAGAUUUGCAGUUUUUGAAUUCCCAAUAUGCUCAUAAACUGAAAGCCUUACAAAAACAAGAGCAAGCUAAAUCCACCAGAAUACAACAGCUUCACGAACGAAAUAUGAAUGCAGUGGUCGAAACCCCUGGUGGCAGACGACGCCACAUUGCCCAAAGAAGACCUGUCCUUGAGAUGAACACUUCACUGCCCAUGUCCCCUGGAUCCGACAUUCAAACACCCACAAAACCUCAAUCAGAUCCCUACAUGUGUGAUCUGCUUCGUGUUGCAGAUCAGCAGAUUGCAGAACUCAACAGACAGGUCAAAAACAUGGAGGGAAGCAAAUGCAGCAUCUACAAGGAAGAGUGAGACGUUGGUAAAGCAGGUCACUUUAAGAGACAAGGAGAUUGAUAGGCUACAACAUUUGUUGGAAGGUGGCAGACCUACUAAGGCCAUGAUAAACGAUGGGAUGGCUGAGAGCACUGAAAGAGUUAUCUCUCAUCUUAAUAUCCAGGUCGAAUAUUUGCAACAAGCCAACAGAGAACUGGAUGCUAAAUUGAGAGCCUCACUGGCUAAACAGCGAGAGGAAAUGGAGGGAAAUAAGGCAUAUCAAACCAAGGAACACAGACCUGCAACAAAAAUACAACAAAAUUCAAGAAGAGCUAGAAAAGAUGAAGGUAGAAAAGAACGCACGCCUCGGAACAUACGAAACAGAGCUUGACAUGAGUCUUCCACAAGAAUAAAAGACAAAGAGAACUUGUUCGAGGAGAAAGCAGCACAGCAUGUUGCUCUACAAGAGAAGGUAGACGAGCUAAAGUUGGAGAAGAAAGAUCUAGUGAAGUUGCUGACGGAGUCUCAUGUUGAGACGGAGAGGUUCACUCUAGUGGUGAAGAGAUUGGAGGAGGAUAAGAAGGAGGCGGGCAGACAGAUCAGGGAUCUGGGGGAGGAGAAUAAACAGCUGAAGAGGAAUGUGAACAGUUUGGAGCAUAUCACCUCGUUAAAGACAACCAACUUGGAGCAAACAGAAAGGAAUGGCUGAAGCUAACUGGCAGGACCAGAUUGAUAAGUUGACUGAUGAGAGGGACUCUAAUAAAAAUCAGAUUACAGUUCUUUUGAAGGAGGUAGACGAUGUACAGAAGGAGUAGAACCUGAAAUCAGAAGAAGUUAUUAUUACAGACAAGAGUGCUCCAAUUUACAGUCCCUUAUCUCAAAAUACACUAUACCUGCAAGGGAGAAUGAACCGCUAUCACAACUGGAGAAGCUGUCAACUGAACGAGAUAAAGCAAAGCGGCAAGUUUCUGAACUGCAGGAGUGAGAUUCUGAACCUAAAAUCUAAUGUCCGUCUCGUUACCUCGGAGAGAGACAACAUCGAUGCUCUCUACCUUCAGGCAACUGAUGAAGUAAAGAGACUUCGUUCUGAACAGACUGAUCAGUUACUGGCGGAGUCAGGAGCAUCUCUCAAGAUAGAGCGAGAUAACGCCAUCACCAAGCUAAAACAGGCAUUAUCAGCCAAAGAAGGCCUGACAGAGCAACUAGCGCUAGACAAACAGACCGCCCAGCUGGAGACAGAACAAUUGGGAGACAAGGUGAGGGAACAGGACCGUAAGAUACAUUCGCUCACUGUGGAGAGAGAUUUGUUGCAGAACAAAGCGAGCAAUGCUAAGGAGACUAUAAAGAAGUUAGAGGAACUAGUCACCACUUCUUCUACUCAUCUUUAUACAGCUCAAGCAGGGAAAUCACACACGGAGUCGCAGAUAAUGCAUCUUAAGACGGUGGCUGGAGCCGCGCAGCGCAGCAGAGACGAUCUGCACAACAAACUGUCAGAGGUCAAUAUGGAACUGGAGCUGGUAAAUCAGCGCAACAACUUCCUCGACAAACAGGUGCAAGAGCUACAAGAUUCGCUGCGAGGUAAGAACAACAGCACAAUCAAGAUGAAGCAGACCCUUGUGGACAAGGAGAAAGAACAGGACACACUGUUACAACAGCUGGACGAGAAAACGGAGAAGAUACAUGAGAUAAACCAGAAGUUCAUGAAGCAAGAUAAUGAGUUGCACGUGCUGACCAUGGAGAUAAAGGCUUUUGAGGACAAGUUCUCAGAGCAGAAACAACUUGUCGGACAGAAGGACCAGGAAGUUGCCAGUCUGAGAAAACAAGUGAACAAGAUGAUCGAGGAACUGUCACAACUAGAAAGUGUGAAGGAAUUAACCUUGAAACACAACAAACAACUAACCGAUGAUAUUGCUAACAUGACUUCUGAGAACCAGAGGCUGAAUAGCGAGAUGCGAGGUCUUGAGAAACAGGUUCAACUACUAAGAAAGGACUCGAACGAGAAAAGUCACGAGCUCCACAGUAUUGAGCACCUGAUAGGACUCAAGGACGCUGAUAACCAGGAAAUAUUUGAGAAGUACCGAGAGUUGAACAUGGAAUGCGAUAGAAUAGCUCGAGAAGCUAAGAUUAGUGCUGAGAACUGCCACAGCCUGCAGAAGGAUCUCGCUGCAACCGCUGACGUAAAGAACGCUCUAGAAGCCCGGCUAAAAGAACAAACCCUGGAGAUACAGAAAGUUCUGGCUCACAACGAGAAUUUGGAGAAUCACAUUGGUGAUAUGGAGUCACAGGUAAAUGAAUACGGGAGUCUGGUAAAACAGCAUGAGGAGGAGAGGAAACACAUUUUACUUGAUUUAGAGACAGUUAGAGAGAUAAACAACAAGAUAGAGGGGCAGCGUGAGGCUCAUGCUAGACAAGCAGCUAACAGGAGUGUAGAAGUAGAACAACUGCAGCGUGUAAUAGAGAACCUGACGUCUGACUGCGAGAGUUUAAAACGUCAGGUUGCUGCCGAGAAGGAUUGUGCUAGAAACUUGGAGUUCAUUAUCAAAACUGGCCGACAGCAGGAGUAUGAUAACCAGUCAAAAGUUGGAGACAAGCUGAUGAGGGUAAAUCAGUUAGAGGCAAAGGUUCAAAUAAAGGAGACUGAGCUUCACGAAGUGCGGGAGAAGUACCGAGUUGUCUGCGAUGAUUACGAGAGACUUAAAGAACAAAACAAGAAUCUUCUGAGGAGAAUAACAAACGAGCAAUUUGAGAGGGAGAAAGCAAAGAACGAAUCGAACAUUCUGCAGCAUCAGCUCAAAUCUCUGACUCCCAAACCACCGUCACCAUCACGACAUGAAGCCCUGUUUGAGCCCAAAUCAGGACCAUCUGAACCCAGCAGGCCCCAGCCCGACAUCCAGUCUGACUACAAGUACCGUUCAGAACCUGUGUUUUACGAGCACACUCUGUCACCCAGUGUAGUCAGGUCAAGAUCUCGUUCUGCCAGGGCCAAGAGAUAUAUUUCAUCGAACGACGAAACUGAUGAUUCGAUUAUGAAGGAAAUAAAUAGGACGAUGAAAAACAAAACACCGAGCACAGUAGCGCCCUCUAACAUCAGCAUACAGGCCUCCAACAUUAGCUCCAUCAUGACGUCCCUCACUGAAACCACCAUGGACCAGUCCACCAUUGAUAGGAGCGAGUUGGAACGUCCUACUGACUCUAGCUUGGAUAGUAUCGCCAUCAAGACAAAAACGUCGAUGACAGAAGAAAGGAAGUCCUUUACCGCCCCUACCACUACUACCACUGAACACUCUGAUGUCUCUAGACAAAGCUCAAUAGUUGUUGAGGAUGAUGCCGGUCAUAGCGAAACGACGUUUGACGGCGAUGAAGAUGACAGCGUUUAUCAAGCUAUCAGAUCCUCGCAAAGAUCAAGCCGUCAAUCUCAGAGAUAGUAUCUCUUAAUGAUAUCUUCCUAAUCUACUUCAACAAUCUCUUCACUACAAAUCUUAAGGAUACCAACUUGUUUUACUUUAAUAGUGCUUUCUUAUUUUCAGAUUAUCAUACAGUAUCAUGUACUUACACUCGCUGUUAAGACGUGAAUUUAAGUACAGUGAGUAUGAUACAAUAAUAUAAAGCAUGAUAUUUUUAUUUAUCAGAGUCAGAAGUAAUCACAUUAGAGCUUUAAUGAUUGUAUUACAGCGGGCUGUAAUUUAUUAUUAUUAAGGGUUCCGUUACGAUAUCAAUAUGACAUGUUAUGGUAAUAAUGACUUUCAUUACGAUUGCCUUAUUAUAUUUCCACAUCUUUUCAUUACUGAAUGUUUUAACGCUAAAUGUGACAAAACAAAUGUUUUUCAAGUGUAUUUAUAAUGUAAAAUAUAAUAAAUUAUUCAAUUUAUAUCAUGAUCAAAUUUACACUCUUUUAUAUGCGAGAUUAUUAACAUAAUUUUCUGAGUUUACUCAGAAACCGGCGCAUUAUUGUGAAUCACAGGUGGUAAUUAACCACCUUUUUACUUUCUUUUCCCGCCAAAUCACCCUUUUCAAGGCCGUGUUUUCUGACACAAUGUAAACAUUUUAAACUUGAAAUUUCCAGUUCUUGAAGCCUUUUGAAUUUGUGAGGAGUUUGUCAUGUCUUAUUAUGGUCUUGUAUCACGUCGUGACCCCCAUUGUCGUUUCACUAAUCGUGGCGAAAGCCAACGUGUGACUAAGUGACAAUUAUGGUCUAUAUAAUUCUCUGUGUUGGGUCAGAGGUCCAAUCAUGCAGCUAACUGGAUUAAGGCAGUAAGGAAGUACAUUUUCGUGAAAAGCAAGGGUGAGAUGUGCCGAGAGCGGGAAUUGAAUUAUGGUCUAUGUAAUAGAUUCCAAAUUGUCAGCAGUUCC